AUGCUACCUUCAAAAAUUGCCUAUGCACUGCUGUUUCUGCAAAUCGCGCCAUCGCUUGGUCCUGGCGGUCCAGUGGUCAGUGCAAAACUACAAUUUCAUUACGAGCCCGGUGCAGUAGACCUAGGAAGGAUAACCAAAGCGGAGUGGGCCGCUGUGCAAAGCGACCUGUUCCGAUACGAGAACGCGCUCGAGAGCUUUCGCAAAGCAAAUGGAAGUGACGGCUAUGUAAAGCCGGGCCAAGCCGGGCAACUGCAAGAAUCCGUUCAGAGUUGGAUCGACGCGUCAAGCCUUGAGUAUCGACGAUAUGCGCAAAUAAUAUACUGCGAAGAUAGCAACAAAAAUAGUGGUAUGGUUUGGGGCUGGAAAUGUUUGGAGCCGGCAUUCUGCCAGGAGAUGAGAGUGAGCGAUCUGUGCGUCCUCUUCGUCUUUUUCCAACGCGACAAGUUCCCCACGCCCAAUGUGACGUUAGCCGAGGAACGUGUUCCGUUAUACAAGAAGAUGGGAGACGCAGAGCUUUUCUAUAGGGCUGGGUCGCGGGAGCCAUCAUGGCGAGACGCGAGCAUGCUCCCCAUCUAUGAUAACAUCAUGCCGGGGUAUUACGUGAAAAUUUGGCCAAAAUCGGCGGAAACCACCGAAGACCAUACUGCUAUUCAACACGAUUCAGCUCGUCUUUCCGAACUAGAAUGGAAUACAGAGCUGGAGGUCCGCGACAAGCUCUUGAAAGCCGUGGCGGAUGCAAUCGCACCGCAACCUGUGCAGGAAAUCCCGGAAGCCGUCACAGCUGGCCGAUUAACGCCGGAUGAGUGGAAAGCUGUUAGUCAAGAUCAAUCGCUGUGCCACUAUCGGCUCUAUCACUGGCUCAACCAAAAUGGAACUAGACGUGGUUUUCGGCCGGGAAAAUUUGCACACCCCGAUCAGUUCCCGCAUCUGCGUAACUUGAUUCAAGACUGGUUUAUGGAUUCUUCGAGUCAAAUUUUUCGCCGGUUCGCGCACCUGUUUUUUGACGCGAAUGGUGGGCAUACUAGCAACAUGGUGUGGGGCUGGAAAUGCUCGGAGCCUGCGCUCUGUUGGCGCACGAAAUUGGAUGAUAACCUCUCGAUUAUCUUCUUCUGGAUCAAGCGCGAUGAACAUCCUGCGUCGGAUGUAAACCUGCUUGAAGAGCGCAUGCCACAACACGCGGAAAAGGCCAGGAAAGCCAUUGAGGCAAAGGUUGGAGGGUUAGAUUUUUCGAUGGCCCGAUAUAUUGACCAUUUUGGAAAGUCCUUACCAACAAAACAACAAAUGGAGCAGCUCGACGUACUUGAUGAAUCGAUGACCGCGUACUUUGUGAAACUCUGGGAGAAGGACGACGAGGAUCGUCUCGGAGUUACGGCCAUUCAAGCGGAGAGCGGUUCGACGUGCAUUUUGUGUUUUUCUUUUAAUGCCGCCCAACGUUGGCAGGCCGGCGCGAAA